UCCACGUGACAGUUCACUAUGGCUUCCCUCUGUUGGGGCUAGUUAGCUGGUGUGAUUUGUUAAGUCUUUGUGGAAAGGUACCCGUUUACGACUUCAACAUGCAAAAAAUCAAAUCUCUUAUGACCCGACAGGGUCUGAGAAGUCCUCCAGAGAACCUCAGUGAUCUUGGUGCCAUUGAGAGUCUCCGGGUCCCUGGAAAGGAGGAAUUUCGAGAACUUCGAGAACAACCCAGUGAUCCUCAGGCUGAACAAGAACUAAUUAAUAGUAUUGAACAAGUAUAUUUUUCUACAGACUCCUUUGAUAUUGUUAAAUAUGAGCUGGAGAAACUCCCUCCUAUUCUCAGUUUGCAAGAACUAGAGGAGUAUAGAGACAAAUUAAAACAACAGCAAGCUGCGGUCUCUAAAAAAGUGGCAGAUUUAAUUCUUGAAAAACAGCCUGCUUAUGUAAAGGAACUUGAAAGAGUUACCUCAUUGCAGACAGGUCUUCAGUUAGCUGCUGUUAUCUGCACAAAUGGGAGGAGGCAUCUAAAUAUUGCAAAGGAAGGUUUUACUCAAGCUAGUUUAGGCCUUCUUGCAAAUCAAAGGAAACGCCAGUUGCUGAUUGGACUUCUGAAGUCUCUGAGAACUAUAAAAACAUUGCAAAGAACAGAUGUACGCUUAAGUGAAAUGCUAGAGGAAGAAGACUACCCAGGAGCUAUUCAGCUAUGUCUGGAAUGUCAGAAAGCUGCCAGCACUUUCAAACAUUAUAGUUGCAUAAGUGAACUAAAUUCAAAGCUGCAAGAUACUUUAGAACAAAUUGAGGAACAGUUGGAUGUAGCACUUUCCAAAAUCUGUAAGAAUUUUGACAUUAACCAUUACACUAAGGUUCAACAAGCUUAUCGACUUCUUGGAAAAACACAGACAGCCAUGGAUCAACUUCAUAUGCACUUUACCCAGGCCAUUCACAAUACUGUGUUCCAAGUUGUUCUUGGCUAUGUGGAGUUAUGUGCAGGAAACACGGAUACAAAAUUCCAAAAACUUCAAUAUAAGGAUCUCUGUACUCAUGUUACACCAGACAGCUAUAUUCCAUGCCUUGCUGACCUGUGCAAAGCACUGUGGGAAGUUAUGCUCAGUUAUUACAGAACUAUGGAAUGGCAUGAAAAACAUGAUAAUGAAGAUACUACAUCUACUUCUGAAGGGAGUAAUAUGAUUGGUACCGAAGAAACUAAUUUUGAUCGUGGCUAUAUAAAAAAGAAGUUAGAACAUGGACUUACACGAAUAUGGCAGGAUGUUCAGCUAAAAGUGAAAACCUAUUUACUUGGAACUGAUUUAUCAAUAUUCAAAUAUGAUGACUUCAUCUUUGUUUUGGAUAUAGUCAGCAGGUUGAUGCAAGUUGGAGAAGAAUUUUGUGGUAGUAAAUCUGAAGUUUUGCAGGAGUCUAUUAGGAAACAAAGUGUCAAUUAUUUUAAGAACUACCAUAGAACACGGCUUGAUGAACUGAGAAUGUUCCUGGAAAAUGAGACUUGGGAACUUUGUCCCGUUAAGUCUAAUUUCAGCAUCUUGCAACUUCAUGAAUUUAAAUUUAUGGAACAGUCUCGUUCCCCAUCUGUUUCACCUAGUAAGCAGCCAGCCUCAACUUCCUCAAAAACAGUUAACUUGUUUGAGCAGUACUGCAGUGGUGGGAAUCCAUUUGAAAUUCAGGCCAACCACAAGGAUGAAGAAACAGAAGAUGUUCUGGCUUCUAAUGGGUAUGAAUCUGAUGAACAAGAAAAAAGUGCCUAUCAGGAAUAUGACAGUGACAGUGAUGUUCCUGAGGAACUAAAACGGGAUUAUGUGGAUGAACAGACUGGUGAUGCUCCUGUAAAAAGUGUUUCUCGAGAAACUCUAAAAAUCAGGAAGAAAUCCGAUUACAGUCUAAAUAAAGUGAAUGCGCCCAUCUUAACAAAUACAACACUGAAUGUAAUAAGACUUGUUGGUAAAUAUAUGCAGAUGAUGAACAUUCUUAAGCCAAUUGCCUUUGAUGUUAUACACUUCAUGUCUCAGCUAUUUGACUAUUACUUGUAUGCAAUCUAUACCUUUUUUGGUCGGAAUGAUUCAUUAGAAUCAACAGGACUAGGUCUAAGUAGUAGUAGACUAAGAACAACUCUAAACAGAAUACAGGAAAGUCUUAUUGAUCUGGAAGUUUCAUCUGACCCUACUGCCACACUGACAGCAGCAGAAGAGAGAAAGGAGAAGGUUCCAAGCCCACACCUUAGUCACCUAGUGGUUUUGACAUCUGGAGAUACAUUGUAUGGGUUGGCAGAAAGAGUGGUAGCCACAGAAUCCUUGGUAUUCUUGGCUGAACAAUUUGAGUUCCUUCAGCCACAUCUGGAUGCCGUGAUGCCUGCGGUCAAAAAGCCCUUUCUUCAGCAGUUUUAUUCUCAGACAGUCUCAACUGCCAGUGAACUACGCAAACCAAUUUACUGGAUUGUAGCUGGUAAAGCCAUUGAUUAUGAACAAAUGCUACUUCUAAUGACUAAUGUGAAAUGGGAUGUCAAAGAAAUUAUGUCACAGCACAACAUAUAUGUAGAUGCAUUGCUAAAGGAAUUUGAGCAGUUUAACAGGAGGUUAAACGAGGUUUCUAAGAGAGUACGGAUACCCUUGCCUGUGUCUAAUAUACUUUGGGAACAUUGUAUACGACUGGCUAAUCGAACUAUUGUGGAAGGAUAUGCUAAUGUCAAGAAGUGUAGCAAUGAGGGUCGUGCCUUGAUGCAAUUAGAUUUUCAACAGUUUUUAAUGAAACUGGAAAAACUAACAGAUAUUAGACCCAUUCCUGAUAAAGAAUUUGUGGAAACCUAUAUUAAAGCCUACUAUCUAACUGAGAAUGACAUGGAACGCUGGAUCAAAGAGCACAGGGAGUAUUCAACCAAGCAGCUGACCAAUCUGGUGAAUGUUUGCCUGGGAUCCCAUAUCAACAAGAAAGCAAGACAAAAACUUCUAUCAGCCAUAGAUGAUAUAGACAGGCCCAAAAGAUAAUGAACACUGGCAAUUGAUCUUCUUUCAACAUAUGUGAUUUACUAAUCAAUGUUCAUGCAUUCUUGACUGUCUGCGGUGAAAAGUCUGUGCAUGUUCUUUGCAACUGGAAAGUGGGAAAAAAAAAUUGGCAUUUGUGUGGUCUCAAAUAACUUAUAUACCCUGGUCCCUUUACCUUAAGUUUCAGUUAUUGUAAUCCUUCCUUGAAAUAUUAUUGCUAUAUUACAACUAUUAUUAUGUGACUACAAUUAUACAUUUUACUGGCAAAUGCACCUUAAGUAUUUAAUUAGAAGGAACAGUGAUAGUACAACCAUAGACAGUUUUUGGAAAAUGAAUUUAUGUUGGCAUUUUUCUACUCUCGAAGCUUGAUUCUCAAUAAGCAUAGUAUGAGAGUGUCAAUAUAUAGUAUCUCCUAAUUAUGAGCACUGCAUGAGAAUUUUAAAUGUACAUGUAAACAAAGUAGUUGAAAAAUCAGUAAACUAUAUGUAUGUUUUUAAGUAUCAGAGUUUAUGUCAGGGUUAAUUUGGUUAUAAUGAAGUGAUCAUAAGUGAUAAAAAUUAAUAAAUAUACUCUUAACAUGCUUAACCUA